GGAGUGCUGCACAAGGCUGGUGUUGGAUGUUGUUAAAGGAAGUCGGGGUGGGGGGAAGGAAGAGUUCAUAGAGGUGGGAGUGAUCCUCCACCCGUCAACCUGCUCAACAAGGAUGGAAUGGAAACAAGCAAAGGAUAAAGCACUGGACUGACCAGUUUUCAAAUGCAUCAGAACAUGAAAACAAAUCGGCUCAUUAAAUACACUCUAUUUUCAUUUUGCUACGUUUUCUGGGUUGUGAGCGGCCUGAUGUUAGCAGUGGGAAUAUAUGCAAAAACGGUGACUGAGGCAGGUGCCGUGGAUUCAUUGACAGCAGAUCCUGCUUUAUUGUUAAUCAUUGUCGGAUGUUUGAUGUUCUGCAUCACUUUUAUUGGAUGUAUUGGAGCACUCCGUGAUAUUCAAAUACUGUUGAGAAUAUUUAUGUGGACCUUGCUGAUCAUACUAGUACUGCAGAUAACUGGUGCUGUACUUGGAUUUGUGUUCUCUGGAAAGGUACUAAGAAAGAGUGAGAAGCUGCUGGAUAAAGCAAUAAUAAGGUACAGAGAUGACCUGGAUCUGCAGAAUCUCAUUGAUUUCAUUCAGAAAAAGUUCAAGUGCUGUGGAAUAAAAUAUUACAGUGAUUGGUCAAAGAACAUGUACUUUAAUUGUUCAGAGACCAACCCAAGCCUGGAACGCUGUGCAGUGCCAUUUUCAUGCUGCAUCAUGGACACCAGAGAGAUACUGAACACCAUGUGUGGGUAUGAGACACAGGAGCUGAAACCAUGGAGUGCCCAGAAUCAGAUCUACAUUAAUGGCUGCUUGGACAGCAUUGUCAAGUGGGGGCAUCAGAAUCUGCUGACAAUUAGUGGCGUGGCACUGGGGCUCCUAGUUUUAGAGAUAUUUAUGGUUUCCCUGACAGUACUGUUGCUUCACCAAAUCCAAUCUGUCAAGAAGAUUAUUAAAAGAACCACCCAAAAGUGACCUACGCGUCUGCCUUCUGUCUGCAUGUCAUUCUCUUCCACCUGACACAGGAACUAUGUGAGGUCAACAGUUGCUUUCACAGGACUUUGCAUUCAGCAUCUCUGUAUUGCCUCAAACUGCUUCACUCACACAAAGUCUCCAAGAACAGAGAAAAAUCCAAAUGGGCAGCAGUGGAAACAGCCACGCCUCUGUAAAUAGAGGGCACGUCAUUGCAACUGAUGUAUCUGGGAUGGAAUGGUUUAAGAGUGAUGAGCAAGAGACAUUUUCGAGGUGUAAUUGAAAUAUAGUUACACAAGGGGUUAAGAAAAAUGAGCGAGACAACAUGGGAGCCUGGCAUUAUAACAAGGCAUUUCUUCUUACUUCCUUCAUGUGCCAGAUUAUUGAGUAAAUUCUCGAGUCUCAUUUCUGAGAGCUGCUGCCACAACAGAUCGUUUUUUUUUAGCCUGCAGUGUACUGUUAACAACACCUCCGACGAAUUUCACAGCAAUCUUUUUAACAACUGAAAAAUAUUCAUUGCCAACAUUAAUAAUGUAUGUGACAGUGAGGGGAGGGAGAGUGGGAGAACCAGAGAAUAUUAAAUAUUAAUAUUUUUUUCCCCUUGUCGAUAACAUCGCAUAC